AUACAGAACCUAUAAUGAUGCCAAAAUUACAUGCGGAGCGAAUGGUGCUCAGUUGCUGAGCGUGAACACACUCCAAGAGCACAAUUUCAUUGGACAAUGGCUGUUAACCAAUGACGUAUCAUCGUAUCGCUGGUACACAAGUGGUAUAGUUUAUGACAUGGCGAAAUACGACGUCAGAUGGGAGGGUGAUGGAACGAAAGAGAUAAUGGGUCAAUCCGUGUGGGUCAAUCAGGAGAUGAAUAAACCAGGAAGGCACAUAGUAUAUACAUAUGGAGUGUACUCCUAUUUAUUUGGGCGAGACGUGGCAUCAGCUCUCAAUCCCUUUAUCUGUGAGAUUAGCCUAGAAGAAUCCUACAAAAUCGUACAAGAUGAAAGGGAUUUCACUUACGGUCGUAACACUUCCGACCCUAGCACUGCUCCAAAAGGGCCUAAUUUCCUGAUACAGCCCCAAAGUAUCGUGGUGGUCGGCAAGGCAAUAGCAGCAACGUUCGAAUGCGUAGCACAUGGUAAUCCCCAACCAGAUUACAGAAUUACCAAAAUCAAGGAGGAUGGAAGCAUAAAUGAAAUCACUGCUGCAAGUGAUCCUCGAUAUACGUUGACGAACGGAAAGCUCUCCAUUCAGAAUCCAGAUGAAACUAGCGAUGCUGGUACCUACUAUUGCACUGCUGAAAAUCCCCAAGGGAAAGUGAGGAGCGACUAUCUUUACAUGAGUUUCGGAAGACUCGGAGAAUUCAGUAACGUGGACCGCGCACCUGUGACUGCAUAUGCAUAUCAAUUCGCCAUCAUUAAUUGUAUUCCACCAACAUACACACCAGCCGUAUCGUACCAGUGGUACAAAGACGACAAACAAUUCGUCCGGCCAGACCUUCAUAACUAUAUCUUCAUUUCCCGCAAUGGGAAGCUGUAUUUCUCCGAAGUGUCCACUGUUGAUAUUGGAAACUACAGAUGUAUCGUCAAACUGACGGCCAAUAGUGGCUCCGCGAUUGGGACUGACCAGCCACCAAGCAGAACCAGUCUACCAACACCCCUCAAUGUUCUCAACGCUGUUCCCACUGUUUGGGGUCCAGAAAUUUCUAAUGAGUUCAUUUCUGUGUAUCCCAGAACUCCCCAAAAAGGUCAGAGAGUAUACUUGGAGUGCCUUGCCUUUGGAACAAUGCCAAUAACAUACAGUUGGUCACGUGAUGGUCUCCCAAUGUCACCAAGGGCAACUGUCACAGAUCAUAACCGUGUGUUGGUCAUUGAAGAUGUCCAUCUUGAAGAUGGCGGUACCUACGUAUGUCACGCUUCAAGAUACACCGUGGCAAGAGCACAGAAAAAUAUCACUUUGUUCAUCGAAUCAAAGCCAUUUUUCAGUUAUCCUCUGAAACAUCAACAUGUUGACAUUGGAAGCAAGUUAACGUGGAGAUGCGAAGCGACGGCUAUACCAGAACCGGUAUAUGAAUGGUUUAAAGACGGAGUACCCUUGGUCGCUGUUCCGGGAAAGCUGAGUAUUGUCAGAAAUGUAUUGACGAUACAGAACCUGGAGACAAGCGACAAUGGGAUGUACCAAUGUUCUGCUGAAAAUUUCUAUGGAAAAUCGUUCACUGAAGGGCAGCUAAGAGUGUUAGCAUUUAUACCAACAUUUGCAAAGGAACCCUUGGUGGACAAAAUGUUUGGUGCCGUUGGUGGCAACAUCACUUACCUCUGUAAUCCGGAAGCCGCUCCAACUCCCACAUUCUCUUGGCUGAGGAACAAUGUUGAUAUGGGACUGAGUCCAGGGGAUACCACGUCACGCAUUCGGAUGUUACAGAACGGGAACCUGUUGAUUACCAACAUCAAUGCUGGAGACGUUGGAUAUUACACGUGUCGGGUAGAGAACAUGUUCGGAAUGACCUCCAGUACAGGAUAUCUGCAAAUAGCAGAUCAGGUUGUAAUAAAUUUACCCCCAGUAAAUACUCAGGUCAGGGUGAACCAGACAGCCUUUUUGAGAUGUCAAGCAUCAUACAGUCCACUACAAGAUGUCAUCUACACAUGGCUAUUCAAUGACGAAAUAAUUGACACGAACAAUCUGUUCUACAAACAGGGCGAGUCACAAUCGCUGACAGGACUGUUUGUCAUGGCUACACAAUUUAAGCACAGCGGGAAAUACACAUGCAGAGCGCAGACAACAAGAGAAAAAUUCGAGUCCUGGGCUGUAGUCACUGUGCUGGGUCCGCCCAGUGAAGCGUCAGGUGUAUUUGUGGUCCAAAACACCAUUGGAAGUUCCUCCAUGCGAUUGUCUUGGACAGUAGGGACUUCAAACGGAGCCAUUUUAUUAUUUCACACUGUAGAAGCUCAACCUGUCACGUCAGAUGAGUGGUAUAUAGCCAUUGAUUAUGUCUCGGAUAUUUCAUCCAUCAUACCUGGGGGUGACUCUAGCAAACGCGUUGUAGAAGUCAUUGGAUUGAAUCCCGGAAGUGGCUACCGCUUCCGUGUAUACUCAACUAACAGCUACGGCGUCGGUCCGCGCAGUAGACCCUCUGAUGUGUAUGCAACAAGAAAUGGACCACCAACUCAUCCACCAGGAUACGUGGGAGGUGGUUAUGGAAGUGUGGGGGAUUUGACUAUUACUUGGAUGCCUUUAGAAGAUUAUCAGCUCGGAGGACCUGGCAUCGGUUACUUCGUGUACUACCGAAGAAACUUAACACAGACGUGGACUAAAGUUGCUUUGGGGGGAAAUGUUGGAAAAUACGUCACUCAGGUUGGGUCGGACAACUAUUAUUUGCUGUAUGACGUUAUGGUUCAGCCGUACAAUUCUCACGGUGAAGGACCCAAUUCUAGUGUCAGUACCAUCUACUCUGCAGAGGAGAUUCCAACUGUAUCAGUCGCAAAUAUACAAGCCUAUCCAUACAACUCGACUGCACUCAUGGUGACUUGGGAUCAAAUCCCAGAUACUCGCGAGUCCAUAAAAGGAAAGCUGCUCGGAUAUCAGGUGAAUUAUUGGGAGAGGUUUACAGAAGAUCCUAUCAUGAACUCCAUCAGUUGGCGUGGUCAAAUGAGUAGCGGCCUUGUGAUUGGUCUGUUGCCACACACAUGGUACACUGUCGAUGUUCAAGUACUGAAUAUGGCAGGAAUGGGUCCAGUAAGCGAAACAGAUUUUCAGUUAACCCUUAAAGUAGCACCACGCUUAUACCCCACAGAGGUGCAUGUAGCAUCCCACGGUUCUCAGAGUGUUUAUGUAACAUGGCGCGGAGUUACAACUGUUGUCGAUGAAGAACCAAUCCAAGGAUAUAUUCUACGGUACUGGUUGGACGGAGAUGACAUAAGAACAGCAUCGGAUGUUCGUGUGGACAGGGUGGACAAUGCCGUUCUAUACGGCAUUCAGAAGAACUACCUCUAUCGUUUGCGAGUACUAGGCUUCAGCACUGGCGGGGACGGAACGAUGAGUGAACUAGUCUACUUCACACUAGGUGACAUUUUGUAA